GAAGGUUCUGGCCCGCCCGCGCCCCUCUUCGCCCCGCUCGCCCCCCGCGCGCCUCCCGCCGGCUCCGGCCGCUCCGCGAUGGAUCGCCAGCUCGUUGGGCGCUGAAGGCAUCCCCGGGACCCGGAGCGCAGCCCGGGAAAGAAACGCACAGUGGUAUUGAUGUGUAGAUCCUUGGGUUCAGCGGUUGGCUGAAACACACCAUGCCUGCUUCCAUCCUUUGCUCCGGAAAGUUGUGAAUUGCUCAUGCCUAUAGGAAGGAAGGAUGGCUCAUGGGAUUCCUUCUCAAGGCAAAGUUACCAUAACGGUGGAUGAGUACAGCUCAAACCCCACCCAGGCAUUCACACACUACAACAUCAACCAGAGCAGAUUCCAGCCGCCACAUGUACAUAUGGUCGACCCCAUCCCAUAUGACACUCCAAAACCAGCGGGCCACACGCGGUUUGUCUGCAUCUCAGACACACACUCCAGAACAGAUGGUAUCCAGAUGCCUUAUGGGGACAUCCUUCUCCACACAGGCGAUUUCACCGAGCUGGGACUGCCCUCAGAGGUUAAGAAGUUUAAUGACUGGUUAGGAAACCUGCCAUAUGAAUAUAAAAUAGUGAUUGCUGGGAAUCAUGAACUGACAUUUGAUAAAGAAUUCAUGGCAGACCUUGUUAAACAGGACUACUACCGUUUCCCCUCUGUGUCCAAAUUGAAACCAGAGGACUUUGACAACGUUCAGUCCCUCCUGACAAACAGUAUUUACUUACAAGACUCGGAGGUAACAGUGAAGGGAUUCAGGAUAUACGGGGCACCUUGGACCCCGUGGUUUAAUGGAUGGGGCUUUAACCUGCCCAGAGGUCAGUCUCUGCUGGACAAGUGGAACCUCAUCCCUGAGGGCAUCGACAUACUCAUGACACACGGACCUCCUCUAGGUUUUCGAGACUGGGUUCCAAAGGAGCUUCAAAGAGUCGGCUGUGUGGAGCUUUUAAACACAGUCCAGAGGCGAGUCCGGCCCAAGCUCCAUGUAUUUGGUGGAAUCCAUGAAGGUUACGGCAUUAUGACCGACGGUUAUACAACGUACAUCAAUGCCUCAACGUGUACAGUCAGCUUUCAACCGACCAACCCUCCAAUUAUAUUUGACCUUCCAAACCCACAGGGUUCCUGAAGCUCUAAAAAGCCCAAUUGGAAUGUGAGGGAAGGUCUAUAAACUGUCAUUUUUCUAAUUAUAAACUUACAUUCUCUUACUUGUUUAUUUCCAAAUCUUGUGAGUUCUUUUUGUAAAUUACUGGAACACAAAUGACUCUAGAGGUUGUGCUUCUUUAUUUUUUUUUAAAUGGGGCGUCCAUUCGAAAUGAAAGGAGCAUUGUGAAUUUGUAAAAUGACUUCCCUUUUCUCAAAGGCCACGCCAUUGUAAAUUGUUAGUAUUCGCCAAAGGACAGCCAAGCUUUCUUUUUAAAAGGUGAUGAAAGUCUUAUUUUAAUAUGCUUUAAGCUGGAAGAAAAAGAAAAAAAAAAGAAAAGAAAAAAGAAACAGGUAGGUAGUGUUUUAAAAACCACCCAGAUUUGCACAACUGUUUAAGAGUAUUGUUUGAAGUGUUUUAUUUUUUGGUGUUUUGUUAUUGCUGUUGUUUUCUUGGUAAUGCUUCUUUUUUGCAGACGUGGCCUGGAUUUAUAACAAUCUUUUCGGCAAAAGUAGGCGUGGAAAAGACUUCUCUUCACACUCUCACUAUAAAGAAAGCUGCAUCCGGAGAAGAAAACGACCCUCGUUUAAAGGAUGGCUUAGCUAGUGAGAUCCAUGUUGUGGUUAUACAAGGUCUCAUUGUUUGUUUGUUUUCUUUUAAAUUAUUUUAGCUUUAAAAAUAUGGAAAUGGAAUCUGUCAAGAGCAGGUAUUUCACGCAGUUAAAAAAAGUGAGCGCGCAGACUCCUUUUCAGUAUGGGUUUAUAUAUAUAAAUAUUUUUUGUGUAUUAUGACUAAGUUAGGAGUUUAAUAUUGCCAAGGACAGUACAACUGCAAAGCGAUGCUUUAUAGCAGGGCAUCGCAAGUCCGAAGGGGCUGACACAUUUUCUUAGAACUCAAGAUCUCAAAGAACUUGAGUUAAAUCUAGGUUACAGUUACAGGCGUGUACAGACUUAUACAUGGAUGCAAUGGAAGGUAACUAAAAUAAGGCUUAGUUGUCCUUUAUAUUUAAAUACCCUGAAUUGUCUUCUUACUUCCUCUCCUUCCCCCCAUUUUGCACUGUGUGUCGAUGCAAUCUUCGCUAGCACAAAAUAUUGUCGCUAAUAGUCAUUUCUGUUUUCCCAUUGUAAAUGCUGUUAAGCUUUAUCCUAUUUUAUGUUACCUUGUUAAUGAAAUUUAGGAAAGCAGUUGUUUCUUUUAAAUUUAUUGUGAUAUUCUAUAUCUAGCGGCCUUUAUAUGCAAAUAAAAUUGCAAGAUUUUUAAA